CAUUCCCCCAAUGUGGGUGGUGGUUAGUCGGUGCUGGUUGGAGGAGCCCACAGACAUGGCUGCCUCUGAGGGAGAGAUGAGGUGGCCGAUCUCUGCCAGAAACAGGACAUGGCCGAAUAGGAGGGGAAGGGAGGAGCCUGUGUCCCUAUGGAGCCUACCCAGCCCCUUUGCUUCUGCUCCUUUCUAGAGGAGACUUUAUUACUGGGGAGGCUGAAAAAUCUCCCUGUGGGCUUAGCCUGACAGGAGGGGCAGGUCUCCCCUGCAAUAAAGAGAUGGAGCAUGUUCCCAGCAUGGCAGAAUCUAGGCUGUGUCUGUGCAGGGAAAGAUCCUGGGGGAAUCAUGAUGUGACAUGAACUAAAGCCUGUUCUGAAACCUCCACAGUUGCCCUUCUGGCCCUGCCAGGCUGCAGGAUGUCAUCCAUGUUUCGCUCCAGCUCAUCCCAUCCUCCCAUGGGACAGGGAAGGGAAACGGCUGCGGAGGAGCCAGUUCAGGGGCUGGUGACCUUCGAGGAGGUGGCUAUGUAUUCCCGCAGAGAAGAGGGGGCUCUGCUGGACCCCACUCAGAGAGCCCUCUACAGGGAUGUCAUGCAGGAGAACUAUGAGACGGUGACCUCACUGGAGUUUCCAGUUUCCAAACCUAAUGUCAUUUUGCAGCUGGAACGAGGGGAAGAGCCGUGGGUCCCAGAUCUCCAAGUCUCUGAGAAAGAAGUGCUCCCGAGAGCUGCCUACACAGGCGCAGGGAGUGAUCUAUGUCUGGAUUCUCUCUGUCUCCCAUCAGGUGAUGGGAUGGUGAGUCAGAAUGAGGAGGAGAAACCCCAUCAGGAAGAUACUGAGCAAGAAGAACCACAUGGAACUUUAUCAGGAACAUCCAAAGGGAAUGUUUCUGGGAGUUGUGCACUCUGAGAAAAAACAAUAGCCUGUGAGACUCAGGGGAGGCCAGAGGGAAACUUUAGUAGCC